GGUGUUGGAAAGCCGCGUCAGAGUCAUGGAGGGCGGUGGGGGCGCUUAUGGAGCCGAGAAGGCCGGCGGCACCUUCGACUUGUGGCGCUUCCUGCAGCAGCCGCAGGUGGUGGCGCGCGUUCUGAGCGCGGUGUUUGCACUCAUAGUUUUCUCCUGCAUCAUUGGGGAAGGCUACACCAACCAUCCUUCAUCACAGCAGCUUUAUUGCAUCUUUAACCAUAGCGAGGAUGCCUGUCGUUAUGGCAUUGGGAUUGGUGUGCUUGCCUUCCUGGCCUGUGUAUUCUUCUUCAUGGUUGAUGCCUACUUCCCACAGAUUAGCAGUGCCACUGAUCGCAAGUACCUCGUUAUGGCAGACUUGGGCUUCUCAGCUCUCUGGACUUUUUUGUGGUUCAUUGGGUUCUGUGUGCUGACAAACCAAUGGGCAUCAACGAACCCUCGUGAUGUAACGGUUGGGGCUGAUUCUGCUCGUGCUUCAAUUGCCUUCAGUUUCUUCUCCAUUUUCUCAUGGGGGCUCCUGAUCACUUUUGCACUUCAACGCUACCGUAUGGGUGUGCAAGAUUUUGCCCACAGUUACAUUGACCCCGCUCCAGACCCUGCACCCCCCUACUCCAGCUAUCCGAAUGUCAGCCAUGAAAGCUACCAGCAGCCCCCCUUCACUCACAUGAGAGAGGACUCAGAAGGCUACCAGCCUCCACCGGUGUAUUGACUUGCUACC